CAUUUAAUUUGCACAAAUUACAAAACCAAAUAGUGUUUGUUUAUUCAUAGUAUAAUGUGGUCGGUUUCAGCAAAGGUUUUGGUUCUCCAGUUUAUGCUUCUUUGUAGCCUUUUAGCUACAGAAGCUGCUGUUGUUCAUCGUCACAAAUUCAUUAUUGAAGAAACUCCAUACACGAAGCUUUGCAGCAGUAAGAAGAUCUUGACGGUGAACGGGAAGUUUCCCGGACCGGUUCUUUAUGCCACUAAAGGAGAUACAGUCAUUGUGGACGUUUAUAACAAAGGAUCCGAAAACAUAACCAUCCAUUGGCAUGGAGUGAAACAACCUAGAAAUCCAUGGUCGGACGGUCCAGAGUUCAUAACUCAAUGCCCUAUUCGACCAGGAACUAAAUUCAGCCAGAGAAUAGUACUUUCUGAUGAAGAAGGCACAUUGUGGUGGCAUGCUCAUAGUGACUGGAACCGUGCCACAGUUCAUGGUGCCCUUUUGGUUUAUCCUAGCAAGGGAAGCCAAUUUCCUUUCCCUAAACCCUCCGCUGAAGUGCCCAUCAUAUUAGGAGAAUGGUGGAAGAGUAAUAUAUCACAAGUUUUCAGCCAGUUUCUUUCAAGUGGAGGAGAUCCAGCCCGCUCUGAUGCUUAUCUCAUCAAUGGCCAGCCUGGAGAUUUAUAUCCAUGCUCCAAAAAUGAUACAUUCGAGCUAGCGGUUGAACAUGGGAAAACGUAUCUGCUACGAAUGGUGAAUGCAGUGAUGAACAAUAUCAUGUUUUUCUCCAUAGCCAACCACCAGAUCACCGUUGUUGGAUCUGACGGCAGCUAUGUAAAGCCGUUCAAGAGUAACUAUAUCACCAUAUCUCCCGGUCAAACCAUUGACUUCUUACUCGAAGCCAAUCAGCCCCUCAACCACUACUACAUGGAGGCUAAGCCCUAUGCUCCCGGGGCGGCAUUAUCCAACCUCAACAGCACCACAGGGGUCGUUAAAUACCGCGGAAACUUCGCUCCAUCACCAGUAAGGCCUAAUCUCCCAGUUUUCAACGACACUAAUUCAUCGGUUAAUUUCACCGGAAAACUGAGAAGCUUAGCGGACUCGAAACACCCCGUGAAUGUUCCGAUGAACGUGACGACUAAUUUGUUGUACUCCGUUUCGCUUAAUACAUUGCCGUGCCCGGAUAAUUCAACAUGCACCAGCCCUAUUAGGGGGAGUCGAUUUUCCGCUAGCGUGAAUAACAUAAGCUUUGUUCUCCCCAAAAUCGACAUUCUUCAAGCUUACUACAAGAACAUCAACGGCGUUUUCACCAGAGAAUUCCCAGAUUUUCCGCCCUUGAAUUUCGACUUCACCGCGAGUAAUCUGUCCGUUGAGCUCCGGCGGCCUGACCGGAGAACGGAAGCGAAAGUUCUAGAAUAUGGCACGGUUGUGGAGCUUGUUUUCCAAGGAACAAAUUUACUUGGUGGAAUGGAUCAUCCCAUGCAUUUGCACGGAUACAGUUUUUACGUGGUGGGUUGGGGUUUUGGGAAUUUCAACAGGACGAGAGAUCCCCAGAACUAUAAUCUUGUGGACCCACCUCUGAUGAACACAAUUGCAGUUCCCAUAAACGGAUGGACAGCCAUUAGAUUCGUGGCAGAUAAUCCUGGAGUGUGGUUUAUGCAUUGUCAUUUUGAACGACAUGCAAUUUGGGGAAUGGAAAUGACAUUCAUUGUUAAAGAUGGAAAGCGAUCCAAUGAAAGAGUGUUGCCGCCUCCACCGGAUAUGCCCAAAUGUUCCAUCAUCAACGAAAACCAAAAAAAAAAAAAUCCAUUCUUUUUGACAAUACUUAGUUUCAUAAUGUGGUCGAUUUCCAAGGUUUUGGUUCUCCAGUUUAUGCUUCUUUGUAGCCUUUUAGCUGCUGAAGCUUCUGUUAUUCAUCGUCACAAAUUCACUAUUGAAGAGACUCCAUACACGAAGCUUUGCAGCAGUAAGAAGAUCUUGACAGUGAACGGGAAAUUCCCCGGGCCUGUUCUUUAUGCCACUGCAGGAGAUACAGUCAUUGUGGACGUUUAUAACAAAGGAUCCGAAAAUAUAACCAUCCAUUGGCAUGGAGUAAAAAUGCCGAGAUAUCCAUGGGCAGAUGGUCCGGAAUUUGUAACUCAAUGUCCUAUUCAACCAGGAACUAAAUUUAGUCAAAAGAUAGUGCUUUCCGAUGAAGAAGGUACAUUGUGGUGGCACGCUCAUAGUGACUGGUCUCGUGCCACAGUGCAUGGUGCCCUUCUGAUUUACCCUAAGAAGGGAAGCCAAUUUCCUUUCCCUAAACCCUCAGCUGAAGUGCCCAUCAUAUUAGGAGAAUGGUGGAAAAGUGAUAUAAAAGAUGUUCUUACUGAGUUUACUACCAGUGGAGGAGACCCAAUCAUCUCUGAUGCUUAUAUGAUCAAUGGUCAGCCCGGGGAUCUAUUUCCAUGCUCCAAAAAUGAUACAUUCAAGCUAACAGUGGAAUAUGGAAAGACGUAUCUGUUACGAAUGGUGAAUGCAGUGAUGAACAACAUUAUGUUUUUCUCCAUAGCCAACCACAAUAUCACAGUGGUUGGAUCCGACGGUAGUUAUAUGAAGCAUUUCACCAGUGAUUAUAUCGCCAUAUCUCCUGGUCAAACCAUUGACUUCUUGCUCGAAGCCAAUCAGCCCCGCAACCACUACUAUAUGGCCGCUAGGGCAUAUAGCAGCGCACCCGGCGCCACAUUCAACCGCAACAUCACCACCGCUAUAGUUGAAUACCGUGGCAAUUACACACCGUCUUUUUCUCCAAUCAUGCCUAAUCUCCCAGUUUUCAACGAUACAAACUCUUCCGUUACUUUUACAGCAAAACUCAAAAGCUUAGCCGACAAGAAACACCCCAUAAAUGUCCCGUUGAAUGUCACAACUAAUCUUUUGUACACUGUUUCGCUUAAUACAUUGCCGUGCCCAAAUAACUCAUGCGCGGGCCCCAGGGGGAGUCGGUUUUCGGCUAGUAUUAACAACUUAACCUUUGCUCUCCCCAGAAUUGACAUUCUUCAGGCUUACUACAAGAACAUUAACAAAGUUUUCACUAGAGAAUUCCCAGAUUUCCCACCCUUGAACUUCAACUUCACGGCGAGUAAUCUGUCCGUUGAGCUCCGGCUGCCUGACCGGAGAACGGAAGUGAAAGUUCUAGAAUAUGGCACAGUUGUGGAGCUUGUUUUCCAGGGAACCAAUUUGCUUUCUGGAAUCGAUCAUCCCAUGCAUUUGCACGGAUACAGUUUUUACGUGGUGGGUUGGGGUUUUGGAAAUUUCAACAAGACCACAGAUCCCCAGAAGUAUAAUCUUGUGGAUCCACCUCUAGUCAACACAAUUUCUGUUCCUAGGAACGGUUGGACAGCCAUUAGAUUCAAAGCAGAUAAUCCUGGAGUGUGGUUUAUGCAUUGUCAUUUUGAGCGACAUGCAACUUGGGGAAUGGAAAUGGCAUUUAUUGUUAAAAAUGGAAAGCGGUCCAACCAAAAAGUGUUGCCACCCCCACCGGAUAUGCCCAAAUGUUGAGAAUUGAAGAAGAAUUGAGUCAUCUUUCAAUUUUGCUUGAGUUUGUUUAUUAUUUACUUCCACUAUUUUAAAAAAUAACUUGUAAUCUCUAUUCUCUAUAAUCUCAACGGCUUGAUUUAAUUUGGCAGUCUAUAAUACCC